AUGGCCAGCAACGCCGCCUGCAUAUUCUGCAAGAUUAUCAAGGGUGAAAUGCAGUGCUUCAAGCUCUUCGAGACCGACAAGACCCUCGCCUUCCUUGACAUUCAACCCCUCAGCCGAGGCCAUGCACUCGUAAUCCCCAAAUAUCAUGGCGCCAAGCUCUCGGACAUCCCAGAUGACCAUCUCAGCGAGAUUCUGCCGGUCGUAAAGAAAUUGGCCGCUGCCUCGGGCGCAACAGAUUACAACUUGCUGCAGAACAAUGGCCGAAUUGCUCACCAGGUCGUUGACCACGUCCACUUCCACAUGAUUCCCAAGCCCAACGAGUCCGAGGGCCUCGGCGUUGGCUGGCCAGCUCAGGCAAUAGACACGGACAAGCUCCAGGCUCUCCUUGAGGAGCUCAAGCCCAAGAUGUAA